UUCAACAUCCAACAAGAUCAUGUAUUGAUCAUCAUCAUCAUCAUCAUGUUUUGAUUUAAAAAAAAAAUUCACUUCGUCCAUAUAAAGCUUGAUCGUUUUUAAGUUUUUCGUGAUCUUUUGGAUUUCCUGUUUGUGUGUGUGUGUGUGUGUUCAUUUUUUUUUUACUGUUUGCCCGUGCAUUUUUUCCAUUUUUUUUUUUGUUCUUGGAUUAAUUAAUCGAAUAUGUUUUCGAUUGAUAAAUCAUUAAUUUUGUUCGGCGUGUUGACCGUCGGUCAAUUUGUACGUGCUCAAUAUGGUGGAGGUGGCGGUGGUUAUGGUGGUGAUUCUGGUGGUGGUGGUGGUGGUGGUGGUGGUGGUUAUAGUAGCGGAGGAAAUUAUGGUGGAGGUAUGGGAUAUGGUUCAUACAAACCAGAGCCGCCAAAACAAAUGCGACUCAAUUUGGGCAUUGCAGUUCCUCCAAUCAUUCUCAAGAUGCCACGUAUGGAAUUUCCACAAAUGUCCAUCCGAGCCAAUUUUAUGAAACAACCGUAUGCAAAACCAUUAGAAGUUAAUAUGCCUCCGCCACCACAAAUUCAAUUUGGUGAUGAUAAAACUUACGGUACCGGUGGAUAUAGUAAAAGCUCAGGAUCAAGUUACAGCGGCGGAAGUGCUCCAAUGACAUAUUCUGAACCAGCAGGAGGAUACAGCGGCGGAAGUGCUCCAAUGACAUAUUCUGAACCAUCAGGAGGAUACAGCGGUGGUGAUGCACCAGCUCAAAUGGGUGGAUAUAGUGGUGGAUCUCCUCCCGCCCCGCCACCAGCUCCAAUGGGUGGUUAUAACGGUGGACCACCACCAGCUCCUGCUCCAAUGGGUGGAUAUAAUGGUGGACCACCACCAGCUCCAAUGGGUGGAUAUAACGGUGGACCACCACCAGCUUCUGCUCCAAUGGGUGGAUAUAAUGGUGGACCACCACCAGCUCCAAUGGGUGGAUAUAACGGUGGACCACCACCAGCUCCAAUGGGCGGAUAUAGCGGUGGACCACCACCAGCUCCAAUGGGAGGAUAUAGCGGUGGAUCUCCUCCAGCCCAAGCCCCUGCACCAGCUCCCAUGUACGGCGGAAAUCCAAUGAGCUAUGGUGGCCUGUCGCCUUAUGGUCCAAUGUAUGGAACAAUGUCAAAUGUUGGAAUUGAGAAAACGAUUACUGUAGGCACUGAUCCCAGUCUAGGAAACCAAUAUGGAGCUCAAUAUGGAGCUAGUCACACUUCCCGCUAUACUCUUCCAGUGCUCGAAGCGAAAGGUUCGGGAGCGAAUGCGAUGCCAAGCAUGACCAUGGCUACAGCAUCAUCAAACACACCACCAAUGAUGCCAAUGUUGCCACCAAUGCCUAUGCCCGUACCGAUGGUUCCACCACACAUGAUUGUACCACCACCACCAAUGGCAAUGUUUAUGCCACCACCAUUUCCGUUGCAAAAUGGUCAGCCAUUUCCAUUCAGUCCAUACAUGCCACCGAUGAAUCAACAACAACAACAACAACAACAGUCCAAAAAUUAGACAUGGA